CAAUCAAAUAAAGUUUUAACAGAGCAAAACCAAGCCACCAUGUUAUGAUAUGUUUUUAUUGUGUAUUUUUCAGGCAUGAAGGUUUUUCCACGUGUUCAGCUGAUACGAGGCGCAUAAAUAGGGGUGGAUCGGGGCCAAAGAGAAGAACAGGAAGAGACAGUGAAGACUGUUGGGCUGUUAAGCUGUCAAGACAUUGUGACAGCGUUUAGCUCUUUUACGAAUAAUUUUAAGAGAAACGCUCAUACGUUUGUGACUGAGAUAUGCAGGAGUUGUUGCAUGUCCGUACACGGAGGUGAGGCGCAUGAGGGCUACACCUGACAUUCCGUUGAGAGGACUUCAUUUUAUCUCCAAAGUUUGAGAAGCCUCUCGUAUUUUCUACACGAGCUAUGGAGAGCUCUGUAGAAGCCACUAUGGACUCCCUAGAGGUCAAAGUUGAAGCCUCAGAGGACAAGCAAUUGGAACCUCUUCUCAUUCUCGAAGAGGGGGAUGAACCGUUGGAUGCGAUAAACAACAGAGAUCGAGGACGGACAGUACUGAGAGUUAAGAAGGGUGAUGAAAAGAUAAACAAUGAUAGUGGCAUCAUCGCAGAAGACACGGAGGAAAACGCACACGAUCACAACGAUGUCCAGCUGGGAAAAAGUGAGAGUGAUGUAACAGAAGCAGAAAGGAACGAGGAUAAUCUCGAAAGUCAAAAGGUGAAAGAGCAGGAAAAUAUUUUGAAAAUGGAUGCGAGACUGUCAGAAGGAACACAAGAGACAGACAAGCACGCAGCUGUCAGACCAGAAAAAAUGCCACAAGAAGCAACACAGGAACCAGAAAAGACCAACGCGGAUAUGUCAAGUCAAGAUAAAGCGACUGCUCGAGUAGAAGUUAAGCUACGGCCCAAAGACAGACUGAGCCCUGAUGAUGCAAAGCAAAUGGUUUACAGGUUAUCAGGCUCUCAUGAUGCUCUGUGCGAGCUGCUGUAUACCUUACAAGAGGGCAGAAGACUCAAUGACCAGCGCUGCUCGUUUCAACUGGAGGGCCGCAGAAGAUGUUACUCCGAACCGAGCACACCACGUCACAGCCAUAAAGUGGUCUUCUCCUCCAUGACUUCGCUGCAGAAGGAGGAAUUCUUCGAUUUGCUGGCGACCUCGCAGGGUCGUCGACUCGAUGACCAGCGAGCAGAGCUCCAGAACAUUCCUUCAGCCCCUCCGCCCCCCCAACCUAAAGUCAAACAGAGGAAGAGCAGCUGUAAGGUCACUGAGGUCAGCCGAGCGGUUCCCACACCAGCACCCAAAGAAGACUUGUACAACAUGAUCGUCGUCUCACAAGCGCAGGGCCGAAUUGAGGAGCAGCGCUGCUCGGCUCCAGGGCCGAUGGACGAUGAGGAUUUCUUCUCUUUGUUGUUAAAAGUCCAGGGUGGGAGAAUGGAUGAACAGAGAACAGAGCUCAAAUCUGUUCAUUUAUAGAGCGCAUCAAACUAAAAAUCAAUUCCUGCUAGUUCGGGCCAUGCUAUUAUCUUAUGCAAUGUGUGAGUUUUGAAUCUUUACUGUUCAGAUAUGAAUAACUAUAAUGAUCAGACUACCAAUAUAAGUACACUUGCACUACUUCUCAAUGUUGCCACAAUGAUUGCGCUUCAAAUCACAGCUCUGUAUUGAUAACGGAUAGGAGACUUAUACACAAGUAUAGCUCCGGCUUUCAGGAAAAUCUGAAGGAUUUCUGCCUGUUUCAUGUACUGUAUGUACAUGCUCUGCUAUCUAAAUAAAAACAAAUGUUUAACUGUA